AUGCCGAACGCUGCCCCUGAGUUGCAAUGGCCGAAGAUUAAGAGGGAGAUCCCUGAAGCCAGCCCUGAGCCGCUCCAGAUGGCCAGCGACGCUACGUCCAUGGCUACUACUCCAAGCUUCGGGGGAGGAGGCGGAGAAGGCGGCGGAGGCGGCAGUCAGCUGCCUGAAAAGUCCACGGCGCCGUUGCGCAGCUCCAAUCGGCUGGAGAAGGCAGUAGCCAGUCGACAGUGUCACCCCGCGUGUGUUCACACGGGCGGCAACGGGCAACGGGUGCCAUUGUCGGCGGUGAAGAUCCACGUUCGUGGCCUGCCUCUCUCUGCCAAACGGGAGCAGCUAUCGGAGCUGUUUGGGCAUUUUGGGGCACUUACGGCGGUGGAGUACCCGACAAACAGACACCCAAGGAAUCCGAUGGGUCGGGGCUACGCCUUUGUCCAGUUUGUCUGCCCCAACGCCUGUGCACUGGCAAUAGAGCGAAUGAACGGGGGCACCAUAGGCGGACAGCGGAUUCAGGUGGCUCCCUUCCAGGCCAGAAUGCUUAGACAAGCCCUUCCGCUGCGAAGCUACAGUCGUCGUACCCGUUCCCGUUCUCGUUCCCGAUCCCCCAGGCGCUAUCGGAGUCACCGUUCCCGUUCCCGUUCCCGAUCUCACAGGCGCAGUCACCGUUCCCGUUCCCGAUCUCCCAGGCGCAGUCACCGUUCCCGUUCCCGAUCCCCCAGGCGCAGUCACCGUUUCCGUUCCCGAUCCCCCAGGCGCAGUGCUCGUAUACGUGCCCAAACUAGAAGGCGUCAGCCUGAUGUUGCUCGCACACCCCCAAGGCCCAGCUAUUCGCCCAUCACACCACCAAGGCACAGUCGGGAUCCGCGCACUUACCCAAUCUCUUCGAGCGGUUCUCUACCCCCGCACUUGCCUGUGCGUGGUCCUGGAACCCCGACGCUGCCUAACCUGCAGCCCCUGUUCACGAUCAAGCCGGAGCCCGUGAGCCCUCCCAUGGAAUUCCCCGAGUACCAGUAG